AUGCAGUCACGAUCCUACCAGACCGAUACCAAGGCCCGGAAUGGCCAGAGACCUGCUCUUAGAUCCAGCACGGCGCAAUCACUGAACCAUUCUUCAAGACAAUUCCACGCAACGGCUCCGGUAGAGGCGGCGGCCAAAAACCCCUACAGUGUCCUCGGGGUAGGCAAAGAUGCCUCAGCUUCGGAGAUUAAACGAGCAUACUACGGACUGGCGAAGAAGUUCCAUCCAGACACGAACAAGGACGCCAACGCCAAAGACAAGUUCGCCGAGGCCCAAACUGCCUACGAGACACUGUCUGAUCCCGAAAAGAAAAAGGCCUACGAUACCUACGGGGCUGCCGCGUUUGACCAAAACGGCGGCUUUCACCCUGGCGCCGCUGGCGGUGGACCAUUCGGGGGCGCAGGUGGUUUCCACGGCUUCGGUGGCUUCGGCUCCGGCGGCGGUGGGUUUGGAGGAGGGUUCUCUGCGGACAUCAACUUUGACGAUAUCUUUGGUGCGUUUGCAAAAGCCACUGGUCGCAAUCCGCGCGGACACGGAUCGCCUUUCUCGUCUGUUGCGGUUGGAGACGACAUUGAGGUUCAGGCGAAUAUCUCGUUCAUGGAUUCGGCAAAGGGAACGUCGAAGGAAAUUAACAUUACACCUUUGGUUACGUGCAAUUCAUGCAAGGGAGAAGGGUUAAAGGACGGCAAGAAGCGAUCACGAUGUAGCACCUGCGGAGGAACGGGCACGCAGAUUCACGCCAUCCAGGGUUUCCAGAUGCAGAGCACAUGCGGGGCGUGUGGCGGGACGGGCUCAUCGAUCCCCAGGGGCGCCGAAUGCAACACAUGUAGCGGUGGAGGCGUCGUGCGGGAGCGAAGGACUGUCAAGGUCGAUAUACCUGCAGGCGUGGAAGAUGGAAUGAGGCUACGGGUUGCCGGCGAAGGUGACGCUCCCAUGACAGAGCCAGGAACCCGCACACAGCGGGGGAACCUCUUCGUCUUUAUACGGGUUGCUCCCGAUCGACGGUUCAACCGUUCUGGUUCUGAUGUGCUGUACACUGCCUCCAUCCCUCUCACCACCGCCCUUCUAGGGGGUGAAGUAACCAUCCCCACGCUGGACGGAGAGGCCAAGGUCAGAGUCGGAACGGGAACGGGAACUGGCGAUAAGAUCACCUUGCCAGGGAUGGGUAUGCGGAAACUCGGCGGCAGACGAGCAGGCAACGGCGACCUGAGGGUGGAAUUCAAGGUCAACAUGCCGAGAUCUCUAACUGCUAACCAGCGAACGAUCCUGGAGGUUCUUGCAGACGAGAUGGGCGAUAAUACUGCGAAACGAAUCAUGAAUGUCAACGAGAUGAAACACGACAGUGCGUCAAGCAAGUCGUCAACGUCAACGUCAACGAAUAAAGAAGGCGACGGACAGAAGAACCAAGGCUUCAUCAAGUCUGCGUGGGACAAGCUGAUGAACCACCGCAGCCAGUCUUCGGACUCAAGUAAGAAGUCCUCGGGCUGUUCCAGCGAGAAGAAGGAUCCAGAUACAAAGUCCGACCAGCACAAGGAGCCUGACCAGCCGAACGAGUCGAAAAAGGCCUCUGGCUCCGGUUAA